AUGGCCACGAUAAGACCGGCUCGUUGCCUGAACCUCACAUUCUUGCGCCCACGAGCCGCCGCCGCAUGCAAGAGCAGUUCCCGACCACUCGGCGCCGCCUCCGUCCGCCACAAAUCCGGCCCGUAUGGCUACACACAGGCUAAAGCGCUCGUCUUCUCUAAACCGGGCGAGCCCUCCGAUGUGCUGAGGCUACACAAUCACUCCAUCUCGCCGCAGAUCCCCUCCAACUCGGUCCUCGUCCGCACCCUCGCCGCGCCCGUGAACCCGGCCGAUGUGAACACCGUCCAGGGCACCUACGGCGCCAAGCCGUCCUACGACACAUCCAUCGGCACCUCCGAGCCGUCCUCCAUCCCCGGCAACGAGGGCUGCCUCGAGGUGCUGUCGGUAGGCUCGGGCGUGACGGGCCUGCAGAAGGGCGACUGGUGCAUCCCGGCCUCGACCGGCUUCGGCACGUGGCGCACCCACGCCCUCGUCGAGAACGCCGAAGCGUCGCUGCUCAAGGUCGACAAGAGCGGGCUCGACCCCAUCCAGGUGGCCACCGUGUCGGUGAACCCCUGCAGCGCCUACCGCAUGCUGCGCGACUACGUCGACCUUAUCGGCCAGUCCGUCCGGACCUUCCAGCGGGACUCCUCGGCCGCCGGCGGCGCGUGGUUCAUCCAGAACGGCGCCAAUAGCGGUGUCGGCCGCGCUGCCAUCCAGCUGGGCCGCCUGUGGGGCCUGCGCAGCAUCAACGUCAUCCGCGAGCGCGAGGACCAGACCGCCACCGAGCAGCUGCGCCGCGAGCUGCUCGACCUGGGCGCGACGGCAGUCGUCACAGAGGCCGAGUUCCUCGACAGGGGUUUCACGGCCCGCCUGCGGGACGAGUUCACCCGCGGCGGCAGGGACCCCGUCACCCUCGGCCUCAACUGCGUCGGCGGCAAGUCCGCCACCGCCAUGGCCAAGUGCCUCAGCGAGAGCGGCACCCUCGUCACCUACGGCGCCAUGUCCAAGCAGCCCGUCAUGCUGCCCACCGGCCUCCUCAUCUUCAGAGACCUGCGCUUCCAGGGCUUCUGGCUGAGCCGCUGGGCCAACGCCGACCGCGAAGGCAAGAAGAACACCGUCGACGAGAUACUGGGCCUGAUCAGGGAGGGCAAAUUCAGGGACGCACCUGUGCAGGAGGUUGAGUGGAACUGGCAAACCGAGGAGGCGACGCUUAGGGAGGCUGUCCAGGGCACGCUGCAGGGCUUCAGGGCCGGCAAGGGCGUUUUUGUGUUUGGCGACGCGUGA